AUGACAUCCAUUGCGGAGGGACUCUUCAAAUCGCUACCGAAACCAAAAUACACAGGUGAAGAAGAGGAGUUGCCACAGCAUGGCCAGCGAGGACCGCGCAUAGUCGGGCCGGGCCAGCUUGACGAUACACAGAUUGUUCUCCGAAGGACCGGUCCGCCUCCGUACGGCAACCGAGCAGGAUGGCGUCCUCGAGCGCCCGAAGAUUUCGGCGACGGUGGCGCGUUCCCCGAGAUUCUCGUUGCGCAGUACCCCCUAGACAUGGGCCGGAAGGGAACGCAAUCAAAAUCGAAUGCGCUUGCUGUGCAAGUAGACGCGGAAGGAAAGGUCAAGUAUGACGCUAUCGCACGCCGCGGACACAGCGACGACCGGAUCGUACACGCUUCGUUCAAGGAUUUAAUCCCUCUCCGACAACGGGUGGAUAUGGGCGAGGUAUCUCUGGACAGGCCGUCGGAGGAAGAGGUUCAGGCGCAGAUGGAGAAGACAAAAAACGCGCUUGCUAGCUUGGUGUCGGGGGCUGUGGCUGCACAGAAGCCUAAGAACGUGAAGGGUGGUAGCCGGGCAGAGCCCACGUUUGUACGAUACACGCCGGCAAAUCAAAUGGGUGAUACAAGUCGGAAAAAUGAUCGGAUUAUGAAAAUUGUCGAGCGCCAGCAAGACCCUAUGGAGCCUCCGAAGUUCAAGCACAAGAAGAUCCCGCGUGGACCACCGUCGCCUCCUCCGCCGAUUAUGCACUCGCCGCCGCGUAAACUGACGGCGGAGGAUCAGGAAGCUUGGAAGAUUCCGCCUCCUGUGUCGAAUUGGAAGAAUCCUAAGGGUUAUACGGUGCCGUUGGACAAGCGGUUGGCUGCUGAUGGACGCGGGCUACAGGAUGUUUCGAUUAAUGAUAAGUUUGCGCAGUUUGCGGAAGCACUAUUUACGGCUGAUCGACAUGCCCGUGAGGAGGUCCGACUCCGCGCCCAGAUGCAACAGAGGUUGGCGGAGAAGGAGAAGGCACAGAAGGAAGAGCAUCUCCGUGCUCUAGCCCAGAAGGCACGCGAAGAGAGAAGCAGAGCGCAGUCUCGUGCCUCACACUCCCCAAGCCGCGGCCGUAGCCGUAGCCGCAGCUACUCCGAUGCGUCAUCGCGAUCCCGCACACCCAGCGAAGACGAAGAAGCCGCCCGAGAGCGUGAACGCAUCCGUCGUGAACGACGUCAAGACGCCGAACGCCAGCUCCGUCAAUCACGCAUGGGCACCGAGCGACGUAUUCAAGCAAUGGCCCGCGAACAAAAUCGCGACAUUUCAGAAAAGGUAGCCCUCGGUCUAGCAAAGCCAACGCAGUCGUCCGAAACCAUGUGGGAUUCCCGCCUCUUCAACCAGACCAGCGGGCUGAGCACCGGAUUCAACGAAGACAACCCCUACGACAAGCCGCUGUUUGCCGCGCAGGACGCCAUAAACAGCAUCUACCGUCCCAAGCCGCAGGCCGACUUUGAUGACGAGGCCGACGCGGAGGGCGAAAUGAGCAAGAUUCAGAAAUCGAACCGCUUUGAGGUCCUGGGGAGGGCUAAGGAGGGAUUUAGGGGUGCUGCAGAUGCAGAGGAACGAAGCGGCCCGGUCCAGUUCGAAAAGGAUACAGCCGACCCCUUUGGCAUCGACAGCAUGAUUGCGGAUGUCACUGGGGGUGCUGGCGGAGCAGGUCAAAAGCGCUACGGUAUCCAGGAAGCUGAGCCUGAUUCUAGGGGUUCGAAACGGGCGAGGGUUGAUGAAGAGAAUUAG